AUGGCCCAGCGACAGCGUCUUUCGCUGUACAUCCCCGGCUCUCCACCCGGCACCCUGCCGGAAACCACUUACACGCCCUCAAGCGACCGCCGACGCUCGCUCAUCAGCCUCACCGACAGCCUCGGCCUCGGCAGCCUGACCAGCCGAAGCAAGAACAACCUCGAAAGCUCGAAGCCUUUGCCGAGGACCAAGCUGCAAAAGUUCUGGCCCGGCGCCAGGAGCCCGACGGCGGCGGACGGCACGGCCAAGAACUACACGACCACGGGGCAUGACCUGUCGACGCUCAUCCUGCUGGCCGGCGAACAGAUGGGCGCGCUGGGUGAUCCUCGCCGGAAAACGGCAUUGCCGCGGCGGCCCGUGACCCGCCGGAUGGACGACCCCAAGCUUCAGCGGGACCUGGAGAUGACGCUGCCCAAGAGCGCGACGGCCCUCUCGCGGCCGCGCAGCGCAAACAGCAUACAGCGAAAGCCGCUGCCGAAGAAUGCCGCGCCGCAGUGCUGUACCGCCGCACCGGUCGUGCCCGCACCGAGCCGGGCACCGCCUCCGCCACCCAUUCCUGAAUUAUCAGCUGUCCACUAUUACCGCUCCGAAGACGGCGAGAUGGCCGCCGAGCAUUCGCCCGCUACCUCGAUAGUUAUGCAAGCCACUCCAGCGUUUCCUCCCCCGAUGGUGAGACGUAGAGCCAAGACGCCUGUUCACCAUAUCGGCCAGCUGGAAGCGGCACAACGAAAUCGGAACAAGCUUCCUUACCCAAAUGGCAACAUGGAUGGAGUGAACCGAAUGUCUAGCGUCAGCACUAUCGCGCGGGAAUAUCGCGAGCUGGCCGUGUACCCAGAAACAAACGUACCUGAUGUACCAAAGAUUGACCCCUUGUACUUGAUGAAUCCCGACAUUGUCGAGUUGCCAGACGCACGAGACAUCGACUGUCAGGAUGGCCGUCUUCUCAGUGCUUCCCACCAUAAUCACCGCUACUCAUCAUCCUCUGUGUCCGAGGAUGGAACGCUGCUGGGUUCUGAACCAGACACCACCAGCCUCGGCUGCUGCCCGUCCCUGACACCCUCUAGCUCGCCACCAGCCAGCGAGACGAGCGACGAGGGCUCGGAGGAGCCGCCAGCUCUGGCGUCUCUGCGAUUCCAGAUUGGCAUCGAGCUGCUGACCAAGGAGCUAUCGACAGCCUUUGCCGCCAAUCACCACUCCAGCAGCGGCAGCAGCAGCAGCAGUCGGCGGCAAAAGGACGUUGGCGGUCUGCAGAUCUGGGUCAUGAUUGAGGCGUACGAGAGGCUGCGCGAGCAGCUGGACGCCAAGCCCGCAGAGGAAGGGAACAAGCAGGCGCGUGACGCGAUUGAUGCGUGGAUUCGCGCGCUGUAUGCUAUUCAUGGCAAUAUUGCUAGUGAUGGGGCGGCAGACGAGAGCGAGUAUGAAGAGUGA